UUGUGGGUCUCUAAUCCCUGUAUGGAUGAGCCAGAGUCUGACAGUCCGGCCAGUAUCUUGGCCUCAGUGAGAGCACAGGAGGCACAGUUUGAAUUGUUGUCUCGUGCUCUGGAAGAAGAGAGGAGACACGUCUCUGCUCAGCUGGAUCGGGUUUGGGUGACCACACAAGAGGCACCUCCCCCACUCGCCAAUGGCACCCUCACCCGUCGCCAGCAGGAUCGACCACCUGUCAUAUACUCAUCAGUUAGGAUGGAGGGUCACCAGCUUUUAUCAGAUGAGGGCCAUAUUCUAGAUGACGAGCCCUCUUAUUUAUCCUACAGUCUUCCAGAUGAGCCUCGACGAGCAGACAUCCCAAUAAAAGCAGCAGUUGGAUACUCUCAAACAUUAGACCGUCCAUAUCGGGAAGGUGUUGGUGGGGUUAAUGCCUAUACUACUGUACCCCGAAACUACCAUUUCCGUGGCCCAGGGGUAGAGCCAGUUACAGUAGUCCAACCUCAGAACCCUGGAUACAGCAGCCUAUCACGACCAAAUCAGCGAUAUCGCACUAUGGAGCCUUACCGUGGUCCUGGUUAUGGCCCUCAGCCCCAGGUCCGGGGGGGUGGCUUUGGAGGCAGUCAGUCUGAUCUUCUAGCAGGGAGGGUUUAUGGAUCUGAAGAUACCUAUGGGAUAGAGGAUGAUCGCAGGAGUUUAGGAGCAUAUGUUGAUGGACCUGAUUAUUCUACUGCUGGAAGGAGUGGAGACCCUCGUAGAAGGUUGAGGAGUUAUGAGGACCCACUUUCUGAUCUCUUUAAUUCCUCCCUACCUGCUUCCGGCAGCCUUUCAAGUCUUGGACCUCCUCCUAUGACUUUGGUCCCCAAUAGUGGCACUUGGCGGCAGCCAGAACUUCCAGAGGUCCUAGCUAUGCUUAGUUAUACUCUGGAUGCUGUGAGGUUAAAUGCUGCUGCUUAUCUUCAACAUCUGUCCUAUCGCAAUGAAGAAGUAAAGAAAGAGGUUUGUCGUCUGCGUGGAAUUCCACCAUUAAUCAGCCUUCUUGAGGAUCUUCGUCCUGCUGUCAGGCUUGCUGCUUGUGGGGCCCUUAAAAAUCUUUCUUAUGGUCCUGCACGUGAGAACAAAAUGGCAGUAAAGAAUUGUGAUGGAGUACCAGCACUUGCAAGAUUACUGCGCAGAAGAGGAGAGGGAAGAGAGGGGAGAGAAUUGGCAGAGUGUGUGACAGGCACACUUUGGAACCUUUCUUCUUUGGAUUCUAUAAAGAUGGAACUGGUGGACCAGGCACUGAAUACUCUUACUCAGGAGGUACUAGUUCCUCACUCAGGGUGGAAGCAAGAUGGAAUACAAGAUGGAGAUAAUGGAAAAUCCAGACAUGUGGAGUGGGAGUCUGCUCUGGUAAACACAACUGGGUGUCUACGGAAUAUCUCUUCAGAACGUUCUGAAGCACGCAGGAAAAUGAGAGAGUGUGAGGGGCUAGUAGACUCUAUUGUUCACAUCUUGAGAUCAGAGGUUGGCCAUGGACAAGUGGACAGCAAGCUGGUAGAGAAUGUUGUCUGUCUACUGAGGAAUUUGUCUUAUCAUAUUCACCGUGAGAUCCCGCAAGCUGAGAAAUAUUUGGAGACACCACAGAACAUUACAGCUGAGCCACAAAAUCCAAGUUGCUUUGGUGUUCGACGAGGAAAAGGAAAAAAAUCUUUAGAAGAGACUGCGGCAGAUACUGUUGAUUUCCCGAAGAGAACAACACCAGCACAAGGUUAUGAGCUUCUCUUCCAGCCUGAAAUUCUUCGACUUUAUGUGUCUCUUGUAAAACUUUCUCACACACCAGCUAUCCUGGAAGCAGCAGCAGGUUCCCUACAGAAUCUAUGUGCUGGUAACUGGACAUAUGGCCGCUGUAUUCGUGCUGCUGUUCGUCAGGAGAAAGGUCUCUCGUCACUUGCUGAUCACCUGACCCAUGAAAGUGAGCGUGUUGUACGUGCCGUUUGUGGAGCACUGCGCAACCUCUGUGGAGACAACCGGAACCAAGAGCUUAUUGGUAAACAUGCUCUAAGUAGUCUUAUAGUCCGUCUUCCCAGCUCUUCUCCUCAUUUACCUGCUCUUUCAGAAGAUACAACCGUUUCUAUUCUCAACACCAUUCAAGAAGUAAUCACUGGAAACCUAGAAGCUGCAAAAAAAUUACGUGAGAGUCAAGGAAUUGAGAGACUAGUGCUUAUCAAUAAAGGAGGUGGUCGUUCUGAUAGAGAGAUUCGUGCAGCAGGUCUUUGUCUUCAGACUGUAUGGGGUUAUAAAGAGCUUAGAAGACCUCUGGAGAAAGAAGGAUGGAAAAAAACAGACUUCCAGGUGUCUUUAACAGGCACACAACGUACUCAAGGUUAUGAUGAUAGCACCCUCCCUCUCAUUGACCGGAGCCAAAAAAAUAAUAAAAGAUCAGAGAAUGUAGACAUCCCACUGAAUGACAUUGGAACAGACCAAUACUUUCAUAAUGGGGACAAUAGUACUCGUCACCUAAACCGUUCAGGAGAUGUCGCUGAAUUGGAGCCUUUAAAGGAUCGGUCCCUUAGUGCUGGAGGAUCUCUGGAUCUUGGGGAUGCUGAGGACCAGCCAGUCUGAUAUAAAGAAUAACGCUUCCAGAUGACUGGUACCUGGAACUGAUGGACUGGAAAUUAUUUUUGGUUCUCCUCCCCCACUGCCCAUUUUUUCUGUUUUAUUUCAUUUUCUAAUGCCUCUUCUUUGUUGAUCAAAUUGGAAUGUAAAUUGCUAAAACCUUUCUGGACAGAGGCUAGCCGGUGAGAAAUUGUGAAAACACUGGAAUUAAACUAUACUGACUGGAAUGGACUGUAAAUACAAGGACACUAACAUAUGACAAGGCUAUUAUCGUGACAUACUAUCUUUUGUGACAGAGGGUGGGUGGCCCAAUAUACAGAUUUAAAUACUUUAUUUUCUUACUUAUAUAUAUAUAUAUAUAUAUAUAUAUAUAUAUAUAUAUAUAUAUAUAUAUAUAUUUACACACACACAUAUAAUCAUAUACACGUAAUCUCGCACAUUUUUAGUUGUUUUUUUCCCUGGGUGACUUACUUUCAUGUUAGUUUUAGAUAAUUUUGUCUUUGAACUUGUUGAUUUUGCGUUUUUUAAAUCACCAGUGGCCUUCUCUUUGGGGACUAUAAGGGAGUGGCUGUGUAAUGAACUCCCAAACCCCUUUUGCUUACCACAAAACUUUCAUAAUAAUCUGAUGCCAAGGAUUUUUUAUAAAUAAAAUUUUUAUGACAAUCGUUUAAAAUGAAUAAAA